GAAGAAUUUUCUCUGGAAAUCCUGGACGACCUCGAUUGGUGCUUGGAUCAGCUGGAGGCCAUUCAAACACACAGAUCCGUCGGAGAUUUGGCUACGUCUAAGUUUAAACGUAUGCUAACGAAAGAGUUGAGUCACUUGGCCGAAUCGAGCAAAUCUGGUAGCCAGAUAUCGGAGUAUAUAAGUAACACAUUCCUAGUCGUCCGGAGAGAUGUUUUCUGUCGUAAAAAUUUUGAUAAGAGUAAUAAAUUGAAGAGAAUAUGGCGGGAAAAAAUUGUUGUUAUAAUGUUUAAAAAUAUAACAUGCAAUCGGAGCGCUGUAGAAACCAUGAUCGUCAUCAGUAUCCACGUUCGAAGACUCGAUAAAAUGAUGAAUGGCAGUUUGACAGAUUGGAACCUGAGCGUAUUCACAUUGGACAAAAUGACCAACGGUAGAUCGCUGACCGUUAUGGCUUAUACGAUAUUCAAGCAGAGAGACCUGACAAAGAAGUUCAACAUCCCACACGCCACGCUCCUCAGCUAUCUUGCCCUUGUCGAAGGCCACUACAACCCCAUGGCCUCCUACCACAACCACAUACACGCCACUGACGUCACGCACGCCGUUCACGUGAUCCUGAAGAAAGCUCCGCUAUUGGAUGUCUUCACGGACCUUGAGAUUCUCUCCGUCAUAUUUUCCAGCAUCAUUCAUGACGUUGAUCACCCUGGCCUAACCAACAACCACCUCAUCAAUACCAAUUCCGAACUGGCCCUGAUGUACAACGACGAAUCUGUCUUGGAGAACCACCACCUGGCCGUAGCAUUCAAACUCAUGCAGAGAAACCAGUGUGAUAUUUUCUGUAAUGUUCCCCCCAAAAUUAGGCAGAGAAUUAGGAAGAUGACUAUCGAUAUGGUCCUAGCGACAGAUAUGUCGAAACACAUGAGCUUGCUGGCUGAUAUGAAGACCAUGGUGGAGACUAAGAAAGUGUCUGGAACUGGUCUGCAGCUGUCGGAAAAUUAUAAUGAGAGGAUUCAGGUUUUAAAAUGCCUGCUGCACUGCGCUGACCUCUGCAACCCCGCCAAGCACCUCCCCAUCUACAGCCAAUGGAUCGAGAGGGUCAUGCAAGAGUUUUUCAAUCAAGGUGACAUUGAGCGAGAUCUGGGCCUAGACAUAAGUCCCAUGUGUGACAGACACACUGCAUCUGUUGAGAAGUCUCAGGUCGGAUUCAUAGACUUCAUAGUGCAACCGUUGUGGGAAACAUGGGCAGAACUAGUUGACCCUUACUGCAACGACAUACUCGACGAAAUCGAAACGAAUCGAAACUACUUUCAACUCUUAUCCGAUAAUAACGAGACGUCGCCU